AUGCCCGUCGAGAGAAAACCUUUCGAGGGCGACUUCUUGUUCGUCAACCACAAUGCAAAGCAGAUGAAAGCUUCACCGAACCGGCGACAGGUCUUUUCCCACGUCCAGAACCAAUAUCGCAACUGGAAGCGGCAGCAGGAGAAUCGGGCUCUGAGGGCUUCGAUCAAGGCGCUGCCGCACAUACCUGAUGCCUCGCCAUCGGCGUCGACAUCGACAUCGUCAGAAGUUCCUGUGCUUGAUGUUCGGCAUACCUCAACUGUCAAGAGCGCUGAGCAUGCGCAAUGGCCAGAGCCAGUAGACUACGAUGUUGGAAACCAGCAGCGAACCUCAACCAAGAUUGCGAUCCGCUCGCUGAUCAACGACAAUGACGACGACAAUGACAUGGAUUACCAGCAGCAGCAGCGUGAGCACCUCCCAGAGCGGGCAGAGCAACUGGUGGCAAUUUACAACGAGGCGGACACCAAGCCACUCCAACGGCAAUCACUGAUGACCAUCCUCGGCAAAGGAAACUCAGACCCCUUUGGAGCCUAUGCCGUCGAUAUCACCCCUGCUGCCAACGACUUGCUGAGCUUCCACCGCGACUUUGUCAUCCCAGCUCUCUACCACACCACCAAGCACCGGUGGAUGACCAGUGCCAGUGCGUGGCGGGACUGGCGGGACUGCAUCGACGGACUGGGUGACGGGGUCGAUGGCCUGGGGGAUGAAGGCGCCGGGUCUGGGUUCAUCGCCAGCUGCGCCACCGAGGCCGCGGUGAUAUCGCUGAACCCGUCUGUCCGGAAGCAAGCCGCCUACUACCGGGCGAAGAGCAUGGCGGUGCUGCAUAAACGCCUCAUGACCGGCCGAUUCAACCGCCGCCAGCUCUACUGGCAUAUCAAUCUGCUUGUAGGUACCGACACACUGACCGGGGACCUCGUCAGCACCGGCGCCCACCUCAAUAUGCUGCGGUGGUACUUUGAACACGACGACCAGGAGAAGCCCGUCGACACGGACCUCUUGGUGUACAUUCUCUACCACGACGUCCACCGGUCGUCCAUGUUCCUGUGCAAACCCAUCUUCGACGUGGACAACUGGCUCCCGCAGAGGCUGCAGCCCGUGAUCGACGCAGCGGGCCCCUACCUCCCCCCGAAUCUGUCGGACGUGAGAAGGCGUUUUCUCGACCCGUCGAUCGACAAUCCCCGACUGCGCACAUUACUGAUCGAGCGGCGCGAGAGCCUUGCGGUGUGGCUGUUCCAGAACGGCUCUGGCCUGGGCACCACCGACGAGGACUCGUCCGCCAGCCACACCACCGCGGCGCUGAUGGGCUGGCUGCUCGUGCGCGUGUACUUGCACCAGGGCCAACUGGUGAACCUCUUCUUGCAGGCAAAGGAGGCAAUAGAUGUACGGAAUACGAAUACCUCGGAGACUCCACGGUCCGUCAACUCGGUCUUGUGCCAGGGCUACCUCGCCCUGGCCACGCUGCUGUACAUCCGCGCCAUUUCGUUCAACGGGACCGUGGGCGGUGUGCGCCUCUUCGACGCCACGCCUACCAUUCUGGCCAACAUGCGAGAGUUGCUCCAGCUCAGCGAGCGGUCGCCUGACACUGUGCCCGACCACGAAAAGUACGAGAACGCCCGUCUCUGGGCACUCUACGUGGGCGCCACUGCCGAAUCGUCCAUGGACACGGACAUGAAACUCGAGGAAGAGGAGGCGCGGCGCGCUGGCUGGUUCACAACGCACUUAGCCACAAAGGCCAUACGACUGGGCCUGGUCCGGUGGGACGAUGUAAGGAAUAUUCUGAUGGGAUUUCUGUAUACGGACACGAUGCAUCCGGACGGGAUGGACUGGUUUUCCAGGGUUCUGCAGAGCACGGCGAGGACCAAUUGA